UUGGAGGUUUUAUGUCUAAAUUCAACUCCUUUUAUUGAGAAUACUAUUUCUCAGUUUUUGAGCUAUUUACUUCAAAAGAAGGUUUAUUUAUAACGGUAUAAUUAUGUCUGAAGCAAAAGAUAUACCAGUACCAUCAACACAAGCAAUUAAUAAUGCUGUCUUAGCUGGAUCUCCACUUGUCAAUAAAUUUCUUAUUCCUAGUCCUAUUCCACAUAGGAGAAAUCGGACAUAUUCAGCAUCAGAAGCUGCUUUAGCAGGACCAACCAAAAAUGGGCUUGUUAAAAGUUUUUGUCGUCAAAAAGGACAUGGUUUUAUUACACCCCUAGCUGCAAAUGAGGGAGACCAAGAAUUAUUUUUUCAUAUUUCUGAUAUUGAUGGUGAAUAUGUUCCUAAACCUGGUGAUCAUGUGUCUUAUAAAACUUGUCUGAUUCCACCAAAGAAAGAAAAAUACCAAGCUGUACAUGUUCAAAUUACAGAUUUAAAGAAAGGAGUUUCACAUGAAAAAUGGGAUUCCCCCGUUUCUAGUCCUGAUAAGUAGAAUGUUUGUACAGAUUUUAGUUAAAAUAAAAACAUUUUAAUAACCACUUCAACUAUUGUAUUGUUGGUUAUACCUGGUUAUAUACUUCAAACUUUUAAAGUACUUGUACUUGUUAAAAAUGAAUGCAAGGAAGGAAAAUGAUGGCUAUAUAAUUACACCUUCCUGAGCUUUUUUCGGAUUCUAAGUUGCUCUUGAAAUCAGAAUAUAAUUCUGAUUAAUUCUUACUGAAAUAUUUUUUUUCAGUCUGAUCUAAUGUUGGCCAUGUUGUACAAUACACCAAAAUUUCUAACAAACUGAUAUUCACUUUAAAAGAGGCAUUAUAGUAAUAACUAAAUAUUACCAGGCAUUUUUCUGGCUUCAAAUGUUAUAUAAAUUAUUAUUUCGACUUUGUUGGUUCGACAGCCAAUAAUCACUUCUGUAGACCAUUUCAAUGGAUUAGACAAUGCCCGCUAUUAUAGCAAGAACAGCUGACUAUCUAUCUAAAUCUUAUAUAAUGUUUCUUUAAUUUGUACUGUGUACAUUUAUACAAGUAGCUGUUGUUUCUUUAAAGCAAAAUUGAAUUAAAAUUUGGAGCUUUAGUAAGGUAGCCUACUGUUUUUGUGUUGUAGGUUGAUAGUUAUUUCUAGAUAUGUAAAUAUUAUAUUGUUAAGUUCUUUUGUUGUAAGUUGAUAGGAUCUAUCAAUGAUUACUUACUACGUAUUGUCAGAUGAGAAUUAAAUGUGUAAUAUUGUAUAUAAUGAGGAAUUAGCUAAGAAUUGACUUUACUCUGUCCUUUAUCAAUUUAAUUGAUAUGUGUGAUUAAAUUCUAAAAGGAAAAGUCAGUUUUUUGUGGGUGUCGGAACAAAAAGUUUGUUAAAGUAUGCAAAUCAAACACCUAAAUGUGAAGCAUGGACACACUUGGCGAAUCAUUUGGCCAAAUCAUUCGCCUAAAUCAUUUGCCUGUAAUUUUGUCAUGUAUGUCCAGAGUCGUGAUGCUGAAUUUGUAUUCGCCAAUAUAAUUCACUUGCAUCAAACGUGUUUGAUAUUUUUAGCCGAAUUUUCAUUCUUUGCGUUUAUAUUUGCCCAGUGUGGCUGGUUUGGCAAAGACAUUGCUGAUGUUAGGAAAGUCACAUGGUCCAUCACUCCAUCACUCUUGUUCUCCCACCCCUUUCUACAGCAUAGAUUUUAAAAAAUCCCACCACUGCAAACUAUUUUAUUCUUUUUCUUAGUCACGGCCAUGAUUAGCCAAAAAACGUGAAGGGUGAUGAAAUCGACUGGUGACAAUUCGCCGAGUGUGUACACUCAAUCAUUUGAAUGAAGCCGGAUGAUUUGGGCAGAAAUUUGCAUAGUGUGUCUGCUGCUUAAGAUCCACAAAAAAAAUUAAAGAAUGUGUAUAGUGGAAAGUCGUCACUAUACAUGCAUCUUCUUAAAGACAGGUUAAUCGAGGCGCAGGAUGAUUGCUUUUAUAAGAAUUUUAUAUAUCAAUGAAUUUUUAUACGCCCACAUUUUCCUGUGAAUCCAAAUAAAAAUACAGAGAGAGGAAUCCAAAAGCAUUUGAAUAACUUGAUACCGUGACACCAGUAGUAGGAGUGAUUAAAAUAAAGUCAUGGUUAUCACAAAACCAUCUUUUAAGAGUUGCUCACUAUGAACAUAUAUAAUUAAUAAUGACAAAAUAAGUACGAAAAAAAUACUCUUUAAAUGAGCUCAAAAUGUAACAAACUAAUAUUUAUUAUCAAUUGAGUAAUUUAUGGUGUAUUAAGUUAUUGAAAUUUACAAAUUAAAUGAUUGCUCCAAGUAUAAUGUUGACAAGGUUUAUUUAUAAAGUAUUUAAAACUGAUCAAUAUUUCAAAAUUAGAUUAAAUUGAAGGAGAUGACUCUUUAUUUCUGUUUCUGUUGUAAAUUAUGGUAACAAUAUUUCAAACCAAAAACGGCUUUUGCUUAAAAUUUAAUACUGAAAAAGGAAUGAAGUGACUAUAAUUAAAUUUCUUAAUCAGAUUUGUGUUUGGGUCAACACUUCAGUAUUCAUACUAGUACAGGACACAGGUAUUGCUACUGAUGAUGACCAGAGAAUUUUUCUGAUUCUUGAAGUAGUAGUCAGCAUUGUGUUCAAGGUUAACACACAUAGUUGCCAUAUAAAUAGAAAAACCCUGUGGGCUGAGUAGACAUCAUGAUUUUUCAACACCAGUUCCCACUUGUAGUGCCUUGUGGGGCUGACAAGUACAGUUGGCAUGCACAUAAAAGAAUCCUUCACAGUUGGAAUUCAAUGAAGAAUAGGCUGAAACUCCAGGCAAAAAGGUUUCUCACAAGUAUUGCAAAUAUGACAAUGGUAACCAAAAAUAACUCAGAAUGACUCCAAAAAAGUCAAAUCCUUUUCUUUCCUGUAGGUAACUGAUAGUCUAUUAUUAAAAGUGAAUUAUUUUAUAUCUUACUGUGAAAUAUGCAUUAUGUAUACUAUAUGUAUGAUAUUGUUACCACCACCUAUCACUAUUACUAUAUGGAAGUAUUAUCAAUAAAUAUAUUUUCAUUUA